AUGAGUCCAAUCUCUCUUAGACUAGCAAGUCUUCCGAAUUCAGUUAGUAGAAUUCCCAACUCUCUCGAUCGAUCGCAUUGGCUGUCUUUCUCUUGUGAGUUCGGCUUGUCUUUCUCUCCCUGUCUUGCCGAUUCACGAGAGGAUGACCUGCAUGCAGGUGUAUCAUCGGGUCCAAGUGGUUGGAAGCUCUGUCUAGGCGGACGUUUUGUUGGAAGUACUCGCUCCGAAAUCCUUGAACAAGGUGAUCUGCCUGGCUUGCUUGUGAAGCUGGGAGUUAGACAAGGCCAGGCAAGCAUCCGACCGGCUCGUGCAAUCUUGCAUGUGUUCCGCAUCCGACUUUUGUUACAUUUCCGAGUUUUGGAUGCUAUCUACGGUGAAACAAUAGAGAAGGAUUUGGUUAUCCUUCUCUAUUGGAGAAGUAAGAGAGAUCAUGCUUUCAGUACAUCUCUCUUCUCUCAUUGCAUGAUGGAGAGUGUCCUUUCUUCUCUCAUUGAUGCUAUUGACAGAUCGAUCUCAAUUCCUUUUUUUGGUCUUGAUCGGAGAACGGAUUAG